GGUGGGGAGGAGGGACCGAGAACUGGGUGGCCGCAGCAGGUCGCCUCUCCUCGGGCUGCAGCUGCUUCCUGGAUUCUCCUCCCGCUGCUCGGCUGCAGAUGCGAAGGCAGAAGAAUUAGGAGCUGAAAGUCCGGAAACAUGAGGAAGAUAAAAUAGAUAAGAUAAGAUAAAUGCUGCAGACAUGGGCAGAGGGAGUCAACACGUGGUGGUCUGUUCUGGUUCUGUUCUGUUCUGGUUCUGUUCUGUUCUGGUUCUGUUCUGUUCUGGUUCUGGUUCUGUUCUGGUUCUGGUUCUGUUCGGUUCUGGUUCUGGUUUCUGUUCUGGUUAACUUUGGUUAGUUCUGUUUUUCCUUUUUUUAAAUUCUGUGGGUUUAAUCUUCACUUCUUGUUAGAAAUAUUUCAGCUCUAUGGUCUCUAAGUGUUUCCGGUCCAAAUCUCUCCUGUUGUUAUUGAUCGGAUCGAUAAUCUCAUCACGGUUGAAAUGAUCUAAUGUGAUCAUCUGAUGGUUUAAAUCCAUUUUGAAAUGACUGAAUGAACUCUGGAGCUGGAGGCUUUGCACACGGCGCCAUCUUGGUCAGGUCCCGCCUCUCCGCCCUUCCUCAGAUCAGAACAACAAACCGAACCAAAACAACCCGAUCUGUCUGCAGGUUCUGGAAGUUUCCUGAAAAUGUCUCCUCUCUGGGUUUUCCUCUCCCUCCUCCUGUCUGCAGUUUAUUCAGAAACUCUCGGUCAGCAGCAGGUGAAAGUGAAGCUGGGACAGAACGUCUCUCUGGAGUGUCUCGGACCGUCGGAUGAAGAAGUUCUGCUCUUCACCUGGACCAAAGUCGGUCUGGACUCGGAUCACGUGUUUUUCUACCGUAACGGUCGCUCAUACGAGUCGUACCAACACGAGUCCUUCAGAGGACGAGUGGACCUGAGGAGCUCCCUGAAGGACGGAGACUUCUCUGUGGUUCUGCACAACGUCAGCAAGAGGGAUGAAGGGACGUAUCACUGUGUGAUCAUCACCCAGAGGUCAGGAGGUCAUGAUGGGAACCGUCACUCGUUUGUCAACCUGACGGUCUCAGCCGAAGGAUCAGGUGAUCAACGUCUGUCUGGUUUCUGAUCUGCAGGAAGUGAUGAGGAGCAACACCAGGAUGAAGACCAGACUGGGAGAACUGGAGAACUGAGCCAUGAAAACGAUUCACUUCCAUUUGUUGUCGUUGUUGGAUCUGUGCUGCUUCUUCUCAUCUUGAUUAUUAUUAUUGGUUGUUUUCUCAGGAGAUCUGCAGUUUUGUCAAAGUUCAGGUUGGGAUCAGAGCAACAACCUAAAGAUGAGCAGCAGGUGAUUUGAUUCUUCUCAGCCUGAAUGUUGAUUUUUAUUAAACACAUUCCUGAUCACAAGCGCAACUUAGUGACACGUUUAGCUUUAGGUAAAUAACUCACAUGUAGGCCUGUCGCGAUAAACGAUAAAUCGAUUAAUCGU